AUGAAAUAUUAAUUUUUUAAUUACUUAUUACGUUCCAAGUAAACGUUCACAAAAACAUUCAUGUUAAAUUAUUUUUUAAAUAUAUUUUUUACUACGUAUAAUAAUUUUUACAUAAACUUGUUUGUAAACCAAAUAGAAAAUGAGUGACGACGUAUUAACAACACUUAAAAUUUUAAUAAUUGGAGAAAGUGGUGUUGGAAAAUCAAGUUUAUUACUUCGUUUCACAGAAGAUAAUUUUGAUCCAGAACAGGCAUUAACAAUCGGCGUUGAUUUCAAAACAAAACUAGUUACAAUAGAUGGAAAUACAGUAAAAUUAGCAAUAUGGGAUACAGCGGGACAAGAACGUUUUCGUACAUUAACUCCUAGUUAUUAUCGUGACGCACAAGGUGCAAUACUUGUAUAUGAUGUCAGCAAUGCUAGUACAUUUUCCAAGUUAGAAACAUGGCUUAGUGAAUUAGAUACAUAUUCGACCAAACACGAAAUUGUGAAAAUGGUUGUGGGGAACAAAAUUGAUCGUGAAAAUCGAGAAGUAAGUCGAGAGGAUGGAAUGAGAUUUGCCAGACGACAUCAGACAUUAUUUAUUGAAUCUAGUGCUAAAACUAAAGAUGGAGUACAAUGUGCGUUUGAAGAACUUGUUCAAAAAAUAAUUCAAACACCUGGGCUUUGGGAAUCAUACGGCAAAGGUUUUGGUGGAAUUCAAGUAAGCGCCGAUGAAAAUAAAUAUCAUAGUAAUUGUGCUGGUUAUUGCAAUCUUUUUUAAAUUAUAUUAUUCCAAAUAAAUAAGUGAUGUGAUUCAUUGUUGUUAAAAAAAAUUAUUUAAAAACCGCGGUGUUUAAAUUUAAAAAUAUCCGUUGAGUUUGCUCAAAAUAUUUUAAACCUAAAUUGCUUAGUUUUUUUUAAAGAGAUGUUUUACAUCUUAUUUGAGACCAACUGUGUUUAAAAAAGCGAACUCGAUAUUUCUGUUUUUAAUUUAUUAUAAUUAAAUAUUUUAAUUUUGAGCGAAAUCAUGUAUGAAUUUGGCUAGUCUUUACCAUGAGAAAAUGCCUUCACAUGCUCGAUCUUGCUAGAAAGUUGAUGAUUUUUACAUUAAUUAUAGUACAUUUGAAAUUGUACUAUAAUUAAUUUGGAUUUCAAAUUUCAAAAACUUUGUUAGUCAU